GAAUGAAUAGCAGUUAUGAGACCAUUAUGAUGAUCACUAGACACUAACUCAAAACAUAAAAAACUAGUAGAACUUAUACUUUGCAGAAGGAAAAAAACAUGUCAGAAAACACGGAGAAGGGCACCUGCUGUUCCAAUAUUGGGCUAGAAGGCGGAAUGGGCAAGGUCGAGAGUGAUGUCAAGGACAAUGAGAAUCCAAGCAGGGAUGCUUGGGACGCCACCAACUGGGACUUGAAUGCCCAACAACCGCAUGGUGGUCAAGAAUGGAGUAGUUUUUAUGCUGCACUGAUCAUUCAUUUGAUGGUAUAUUUCUGCUAAAGAUAUAUUCAGUCGAUUAAGAUUGAUGAGAUUGAGAUUAAGGUUUUCAAUUCAGAGGAAAAAUGUUUGGAGGUGCUUCACCUUUCAUGUACAUUCUUCUUCUUGGAAUGAACGUGAAGUAGACCACCAUGAUGAGCACCACGUCUGAGGACUUGAUCUAACUUUCUCUAAUUUUUGGGCGAAAAAUUUGUGGAG